CGCCCAACUUUAUUCCGACGGUGGACGUCUCGACGCUCAUAUACGAACGACUCUGCCACCACUGUCAGGCGGCGCAGGCACGCGGAUUUCAAUCUUGAAAUUUUCGACGGUCAGUGCACCAACGACACGACUAUACAUUCACAAAAAAGCAAAAAAAUCUCUUGAAGAUGGCUUCUUCCUCUGUGGCGAGGACCUCCAAAUACUCGUACCGUUCCACAGGAGCUGCAGGAGGCAGUGCUGACGUCAGCAUCGAAUACAGCGCGGAUCUGACAGCGCUUUCUAGGCUUGAGGAUAAAAUUCGCCUACUUCAGGAUGACCUAGAAAUUGAACGAGAACUUAGAUCUAGAAUCGAAAGAGAAAAAGCCGACCUUAGUGUACAAGUAAUCCAAUUAUCAGAACGUCUAGAAGAAGCUGAGGGUGGUGCAGAAAGUCAGUUUGAAAUUAACAAAAAACGUGACACAGAAUUGCUGAAGCUUCGCAAACUAUUAGAAGAUGUACACAUAGAGUCAGAAGAAACUGCUCUCAUCCUCAAGAAGAAACAUCAAGAAAUCGUUGUCGACUUCCAAGAACAGAUUGAUUCCUUAGCUAAAGCAAAAUCAAGAGCCGAAAAAGAAAAGGGCAAAUUCCAAGCCGAAAUCUACCAGCUCAUCGCCCAGGUCGAAAGCGUAACCAAAGAACGCUUGAUUUCCAUCAAACAAUGUGAGAAACUAGAAAUCACCGUCAACGAGCUCAACAUCAGAAUCGAGGAGCUUAACCGUUCCGUCGUUGACAUCACCUCCCACAAGACCCGUCUCUCCCAAGAGAACAUCGAGCUCAUCAAGGAAGUCCAAGACCUCAAGGUCAAUAUCGAAAACGCCAUCUACCUCAAGAGCCAGCUCGCCGGCCAACUAGAGGAUGCCCGCCGCCGUGCUGAAGACGAUGAAAGAAGACGCUCCCUUUUGGAGGCCAACCUCCACCAGGUCGAGAUCGAACUUGAAUCUGUCCGUGUGCAACUUGAGGAAGAAAGCGAAGCUCGUCUUGACCUUGAACGUCAAUUGGUCAAAUCCCAAGGUGAGGUUCAAGUCUACAAAUCCAAAUAUGAAACCGAAGUCGUUGCUCGUGCUGAAGAAGUUGAAGAAAUCCGUCGCAAAUUCACCAUCAGAAUCCAAGAACAAGAAGAACACAUUGAAGCCCUCUUGGUCAAGGUCAACAACCUCGAGAAGCAAAAGUCCCGCCUCCAAUCCGAAGUCGAGGUUCUUAUCAUUGACUUGGAGAAAGCAAAUAACACCGCUAGAGAACUUCAAAAACGCGUUGAACAACUCGAGAGAAUCAAUAUUGACUUGAAGACCCGUCUCGAUGAAACUGUUCAAUUGUACGAGCAAAGCCAACGUGAUCUCCGUAACAAGGUCACUGAAUUGCAACGCGCUGUACACGAAUUGGACAAAACUCGCGAACUCAAGGACCAACUUGCCAGAGAAAAUAAGAAAUUGUGCGACGAUCUCAGCGACUCUAAGAUUACCAUUACUGAACUUACUCGUCGUCUCCAUGAACUCGACUUGGAAGUUCGCCGUUUGGAAAAUGAACGUGAUGAACUUACUGCAGCCUACAAAGAAGCUGAAGCCGGACGUAAAGCUGAAGAACAACGUGCCCAACGUCUUGCUGCUGAACUUGGUCAAUUCCGUCAUGAGGCCGAAAAACGUCUUCAAGAAAAAGACGAAGAAAUUGAAGCAAUCCGCAAGGCAACCAGCAUCGAAAUUGAACAGCUCAAUGCCCGCGUCGUCGAAGCCGAAACCAGGCUCAAGACUGAGGUCACCCGCAUCAAGAAGAAGUUGCAGAUCCAAAUCACCGAGCUCGAGAUGUCCUUGGACUCCGCCAACAAACUCAACAUCGACCUCCAAAAGACCAUCAAGAAACAAUCCCUGCAACUCACCGAAAUCCAGGCUCACUACGACGAAAUCCAACGUCAAUUGCAAGUUACUCUUGACCAACUCAGCGUAUCACAAAGAAGAGUACAGGCACUUACCGCCGAAUCUGAAGAAAUCAGGAGCAAUUAUGAAGGUGCUCUUCGUGGUAAGAGGCAAGCCGAGCAAAUGUACGAAGAAGCUGGCACUCGCAUCAACGAGCUCACCACCAUCAACGUCAACCUUUCUUCAAUGAAGGUCAAGAUUGAACAAGAACUGUCCUCAGUUCUUGCUGACUACGAUGAAAUCACCAAGGAACUCCGCAUUUCUGAUGAACGCUACCAACGUGUACAGGCCGAACUCAAACAUACCGUCGAAAUCCUGCAUGAAGAACAAGAGCGCGUGGUCAAGAUCGAAGCUAUCAAGAAGAGUCUGGAAAUAGAAGUCAAGAACCUCUCAGUCCGUUUGGAAGAAGUCGAAGCCAACGCUAUCGUUGGAGGAAAACGUAUCAUCAGCAAACUCGAAGCUCGUAUCAGGGAUUGCGAAGCUGAACUCGAUGAAGAAAAGAGACGUCACGCCGAAACCAUCAAGAUCUUGCGCAAGAAGGAACGUACUGUUAAGGAAGUCAUGAUCCAAUGUGAAGAGGACCAAAAGAACAUCGCUCUAUUGCAAGAAACUUUAGACAAGGCUAAUUCGAAGAUUACUAUUUUCAAGAGACAACUACAAGAAGUCGAGGGUGUAUCUAGCCAAAGCAUAACUCGCGUACGUCGAUUCCAGAGGGAAUUGGAAGCCGCCGAAGACCGUGCCGAAACCGCCGAAAGCAAUCUGUCCCUCAUCCGCGCCAAACACCGCACUUUCGUCACCACCAGUACAGUACCUGGCUCCCAAGUCUACUUGGUACAAGAACAACGAGCAUCUUCCGAAAUCUAAUCAUCUCCUAUUCUAGCUACUAAUAAACUACCCCAUUCGGCCGAAUAACAACAUCAAAGACAUUUAUCCAUACAGCAGCGACAUCUGCGAAGGAAAACUUGAGUUGGAAGACUCGUUUGCCUUCGUCAGUUUCUUGCUGUGUGUAAACUUGUCUUUGGGCUCGCGACAUGGUGGAAGACAUCAUCAUACAAGAUCAUUUUUUUUUGUUCUUCGUGCACAUAAUUAAAUAAUAUUUACCACUCUCUUUGAAAUAUUAUUAUUAUUAUAACGAAACGUACAUAUUUCAUUAAAUAAAUUAAUAAAAUGAGUAAGCGAUUUAUAUUUGUUUGCAAUCGCACGAUGAGUCCAUGGUAUGGAAAUUUGUAGGUUUCUAAUAAACUGUUAUGUUAUGUAAUUGUACUUAUAUCACUGAUGUGUGCUUCUAUUAGAGGUACAAGGGUUAUUGGAAUGUAAUUUAUAAGUUUUUGAAUGUACCGUGUAAGAAUAAAUUGCUUAUAAAUAA